AUGAAACACAACAGCUUAUCGCCGUCAUCAUCAUCCUCCGAAGCCGUUUCAUCAUCGUCGUCGUUAUCAACCUCCGACCAACCACAUCCGUCCGUUCAGAGGACUUCAUCAACAUCGGCCUCAUCGUCAUCGACUACGGCGGUGGAGGAUCCGGCAGCCUCCCGAGACACGUCGUCCGGCGUCGCCGCGGAAUCCGUCACCAUCGAGAGGCGUGGCGAUUACGCCGCCUUCUGUAAAUGGACAAUCGCUAAUUUCCCCAAAGUCAAGGCGCGAGCUCUCUGGAGCAAGUACUUCGAGGUCGGUGGAUUCGAUUGUCGCCUCUUAAUCUACCCUAAGGGAGACUCCCAAGCUUUGCCUGGGUACAUCUCCAUCUACCUCCAAAUCAUGGACCCUCGCAAUACGACGUCGUCUAAGUGGGACUGCUUUGCCAGCUACCGCCUCGCCGUUGAAAAUGUUUCCGAUUCCUCCAAAUCCAUUCAUCGCGAUUCCUGGCACCGAUUCUCCUCGAAGAAGAAAUCCCACGGUUGGUGCGAUUUUACCCCCUCCAAUUCAAUCCUCGAGCCGAAAUUAGGGUUUCUAUUCAACAAUGAUUGCGUACUUGUUACUGCUGAUAUAUUAAUUUUGAAUGAAUCUGUAAAUUUUACCCGUGAUAAUAAUGAAUUGCAGUCGAAUAUACUGUCAAAUUUGAUUGUUACUGGUCCGGUUGGAGAUGUAUUGAGUGGGAAAUUUACUUGGAAAGUUCAUAAUUUCAGUUUGUUUAAGGAAAUGAUUAAGACCCAGAAGAUUAUGAGCCCAGUUUUUCCAGCCGGGGAGUGUAAUCUGCGGAUUAGUGUGUAUCAGAGCUCGGUGAAUGGGAGCGAUUACUUGUCCAUGUGUUUGGAGAGUAAGGAUACGGAGAAGACACUUGUUUCGGAUAGGAGUUGCUGGUGUUUGUUUCGGAUGUCAGUGUUGAACCAAAAGCCAGGGUUGAAUCACAUGCACAGGGAUUCGUAUGGGAGGUUUGCAGCUGAUAAUAAGAGCGGGGAUAAUACAAGCUUGGGGUGGAAUGAUUAUAUGAAGAUGUCCGAUUUUGUGGGAAUGGAGUCAGGGUUCUUGUUGGAUGAUACAGCAAUUUUUAGUACUUCCUUUCAUGUGAUUAAGGAAUUGAGUAGUUUUUCAAAAAAUGGGGGGUUCAUUGGAGGAGUGAGGAGUGGGAGUGGCACGAGGAAGUCUGAUGGGCAUAUGGGGAAAUUUACUUGGAGAAUUGAAAAUUUCUCGAGGUUGAAGGACCUUUUGAAGAAGAGGAAGAUUACGGGGCUUUGCAUCAAGAGUAGGAGGUUUCAGAUCGGGAAUCGGGAUUGUCGGCUUAUUGUUUACCCUAGAGGGCAGUCUCAGCCACCAUGUCACCUUUCAGUAUUUCUUGAAGUUACAGAUUCACGAAAUACUGCCAGUGAUUGGAGUUGUUUUGUGAGCCAUCGAUUGUCAGUUGUGAACCAGAAAAUGGAGGACAAGUCUGUUACGAAAGAAUCCCAGAACCGGUACUCUAAAGCUGCAAAGGACUGGGGCUGGCGUGAAUUUGAUACUGUUGUGUUCUCUGCAGAAGUUCUUAUCUUGAAAGAGACGUCCAUACAACAGGAAUUUAGUGAUCAGGAUACUGAGUCAGACAGUGCUAAUCCUCAAGUAGAUGGAGUUGGGAAAAAGAGUUCAUUUACUUGGAAGGUGGAGAAUUUCUUGGCCUUCAAGGAAAUAAUGGAAACACGGAAAAUCUUUAGCAAAUUCUUUCAAGCUGGUGGAUGUGAACUGCGGAUUGGUGUCUACGAGUCCUUUGACACCAUAUGCAUAUAUCUAGAAAGUGAUCAGUCAGUUGGCAGUGAUCCUGAUAAGAACUUUUGG